AUGUCUCAGUUGCUAGACAAGGCCAAGCAGUUUGUGGCAGAGAAGGUGGCUAAUGUCAAAACACCAGAGGCUACCGUCACCGACGUGAAUCUUGAAAGCGUGCACCGUGACAGCAUAGACUAUGGUGCAAAGGUGUCAGUCAAUAACCCUUACGGAACUGCGAUCCCCAUUUGCGAGAUUUCCUACGUUCUCAAAAGUGAUGGCAGGGUGAUUGCAUCAGGGACAAUCCCAGACCCUGGCUCGCUAAAAGCUAAUGACACAACGAUGUUAGAUGUGCCAGUGAAGGUGCCGCACAGUGUGCUGGUGAGCUUGGUGAAGGACAUUGGUAGAGACUGGGAUAUAGACUAUGCGUUGGAAUUGGGUCUCACAAUUGACCUUCCUGUCAUUGGCAAUUUCACCAUUCCUCUCUCCAGUAAAGGUGAAAUCAAGCUGCCUACCCUCUCAGAUCUGUUAUAA